GAACUCCUAUCCUAGGGCAUGCAGGAGUGGCUCUUCCUCGUGGAGUUCAGCAGGAUGAACUCCAAGGACUCCACUACGGUCUACAUAUACGAAGUCUUGUGGAGCGUCCCUACGGCGGCGUACCCGGAGCCCCAGGUCACUGUCAGCGUCUUCUUCUGCAUCGAGACCUCCAUCUUCGACUCCCAGCGUGCCCCUAGAUUCCCCGAACAGGUGACCUACAUCUUCGAGGGCAACCAGUUCGUUCACCGCCUGGGCAUGGCCUUCCAGCCGAAGUGGCUCUUCGACAUCCUGGACAUGAAGACGAUGACGUUCAAGUCUCUCCUCUUCUGA